AUGUCUCCCUACAUGCUUCUCACCGUUGAGCAAUUUGUAAAUAAUUUCGGAUGCCAGCUCCUAUUGUACAUGCAAAGAUUUGGGCGAAGUGUGUCCAUUGGCAGCAUUUGCCUCCUUAGUGUCUUCCAAGCCAUCACCAUCAAUCCAAGGGGAUUCUAUUGGAAAGAUCACAAAUUCAAAGGUGCAAAGUACAUUGGCUGCUCCAUUGACCGUCUCUGGGUCUUGUACAUGUUGAUAAAUUUCAUUUUCGUUGUGUACCCUUUUAUUGAAAGGAAUAGCAAAAAUACUACAAGAAAACAUGAUUUUGGAUACUGCUCAAUUGUAGGGAGUGAUGAAAUCAGUGGCUCACUCUAUGUAGCAUUGCUUGUGUGUCCUGAAAUAUUCUUUUCUGUUAUGAUCACCUGGUCCAGCAGCUCCAUGAUUGUCAUUCUGUACAGACACAAGCAGAGUGUCCAACACAUCCGCAGCACUACUGGUUCUAGCAGAACCUCCCCUGAGUCCAGAGCCACCCAGAACAUCCUGGCAUUGGUAGCUACCAUUCUGGUUUUUUAUACCCUCUCCUCCAUCUUACGAGGCUGCAUUGCUUUUUUUCAUAAUCAAAAUUGGUGGCUUGUGAACAUCACCCGUUUCACUUCUCUAUGUUUUCCAUCUUUUGGACCGUUUGUUCUUAUGAAUCAUUAUUCCAUUCUGUCCAGAUUCAGUUUGGUCUGGAGGAGGAAUAAAACCUCUUAA